AUGCUGUCCAAGGCCAUUGCCGUCCUGGCGGCGGCGACGUUGACGUCGGCCGCUACGCCCAUGGGCUUCAUGCCCGCUUCAAACACCCCUCUAAUCGUUUCCUACGGAGGCAUCUCGGCACUGGAUGGCGUGAACCUGCCCAAAGACUCUAGCCAGGUCAUGCCCACGAUCGCAACGGAACAGCAGCUCAAGGGGCAGUACGCGGUGAUAAUGGUGGAUAUCGACGUCCCGACCAACCAGCCGCCCAAGACGGGCACUCUCCUCCACUGGCUGCAGACGGGCCUGAUGUCCGCCGACACACCCGUGACGCUCAACACAACCGCCGGGCCGAAAAGGGUCUUUAUCAUGCAGAACAGGAUGAACGCGGCCGCUCUUGCGCCGUACCUCGGCCCCAACCCGCCGGCGAGGGAACCCCUCAGCCACAGGUACACCUUCGUCGCGGUGGAUCACACCACCAUCACGCAGCAGGGCCUCAUGGCCCUCUCGGGCGCGGCCCAGAACCGUCGCGACUUCAACGUCAUGAACGGCCUGAUGGCCGCUGGGCUCCAGGACAAGGUCGUAGCCGGCAAUUUCUUCCGCGUCACGAACGCCGGCCCCGUCGGCGCCGGACAGGGAUUGCCAGGAGGAGGAUCUAGGGGUAAUAGCACUGGCGGCGCACCCAUGCAGCCGAUGCCGACAAUGCCUAGCGGCACUCCGACGACCCCCGGCACCGGCGGAGGCAUGCCCAAUAUGCCCGGCAUGACCACGGCUCCCGGAAUGACGAUGCCCAUGCCCAGUGCGCCUGCACAGACUCCCGGUGCCAGCGCGCCGCCCCCCGGGGGCGCUCAGCCGUCGGCCCCCGCUCGCGCGAGCGCUUUCGGUCUCAGCCCGAGUAUUGGCGUUGUGUCGAUAGGACUGUGUCUGGCUGGUUCACUGUUUUUGUUGCUGUAG